AUGUUCUUCUUCAACAUCUUCCGCAAGAAUUUUAGCUUUCAGGGCAAAGGCGACAGCUCCCAAGCAGCCUAUGCCAUUCCGGCUGGCCAGAAAGCCCCUCGUGUCGACGAAGAUGAAGAGCUCCUUCGUCUCCGGGGAGGCUGUUUUGGUGGAAGCGGAACCGGCAAGAGGUAA